AUUACUUUAUCAAAACUUGUAUUACUCUAUAUCUUAAUAAACACUUGAGCAGUGUAGUUUCUUCUCCAGAUUACUAUUCACCAGAAUCACCACAUUUACUUUCUCCAUGUCUAAUUUAAACUUUCAAUUUUGAAAUCUCAUACUGUAAUUAAUUAAAUCAUUUGUUAAAAAAAUAAAAUAAAAAUAGAGGCCAGUUUCCCCAUCAAAGAAACCUUAAUAAAAGCAGGUUGUCUUCAACAUUCUCACACACCCCCCACACAUACCUUUUCUCUCUCCUCCUCUCUGCCUUUUCCUUAUUUAUUUAUUUAUUUUAAAUUUCUCCAGAGCUAGCUGGGUCUGAGUGGGUCCCUCGGCCUGCAAUUUCAUGAGCUACAAAGCUUCCUUCCCUCCCUCCCUCCUCUUCCUUAUAAUUAAAUCUUCUUCACGCACCAACACACCCACUCAUAACUCCCUCCCUUUUACUUUCUCUCUCUAACCCCCCCCCUCAUUCUCUCUCUAAAACUCCAUUUCAAAGCACAACAUUCAACCUCACUCAUACUACUACUCUGUUGCAACUAUGGGCGAAACUAUGGAGACGGAAAACGCUGCGUUUUGGCUUCCCACUCAUUUUCUCACUGACGACGACUUCCUCGCCGACGACAAACCUCACCAGAACUUUAAGAAGGACGACAUAUUCUCGAACUCGUUCGGGUUUGACCCUAACUCGUCCCUUGACUCGCCAAUUAGUUCCACUGAGACUGAACGUGGUGACAGCAACAAUGACGAGAAGCUUAACAUUAAUGAAGACGACGACGAUUUCUUGGCCGAGUUGACUCGUCAUCUCGCUCAGUCUACUCUCCAGGACUCCCCCAACUCCAACACAGAGAAACCAUGGCUUUUCUCAACGUCGCCACAAUCGACGCUAACCGGGUUUGGACCCUGGUCGAAUCGGAGCGGGUUUUCAAGUAACGGCAGCCCUAACGGACCUUCACCAAGAGUUCCGUCACCACCGGUGACACCUCCACCCAAAAACGACGCCGCUUGGGAGCUUUUGUAUGAAGCCGCUGGUCAAGUUGCUCGCCUGAAAAUGAACGCAAUCGCUGCUCAAGUGAACCAGCAACACCACAGCAACAACCAACAGAACAGAGGUCUUCUCGUUGCUCCUCGAAACGUUUCUCUCUCUAAAGCGCAUCAUCAUCGUCAACAACUCAACUCAUUCUACGACUUCCCUCACGUUACUCCUGAAUUUCAGUAUGAACAAGUGAAGAGACAGGGGAACACCGGAAACUUCUACUGCCAACAGCACCACCACCACCAACAAAGGCGAAGUUGCGGCGGCGGACCACUCGGACUACCACAGUCUGCAUGGCCAUCUCUCCGACCCAACCACCACCGCCAGCCCAAUGGCGGUGGGCCAGGGAUGCGGGCUGUCUUCAUUAACGGGCCUGGGUCCGGCCCACCUGGAAUGAAGCGUCAGUCCACAGGAACCGGUGUGUUUCUUCCAAGGCGAGCUGGUACCACAACUCAUCAAGCACCACCCCCUGAACCUCGCAAAAAACCAACUGUGAUACUACCAGCGAGAGUAGUCCAUGCUCUGAAUCGUGAUUUCGAGGAGGUUAACCCGAGUGCUCAUUCACGGUUUGGGUCUGGGUUGUUUUCUGACCACGAUAUUAUAAUGGCAAGGAGAAAUGCAAUUCUGGAGCAAAGGAGAAAUAUGAUAAGGAAUGAUGAAAUCCGGCUUCCAAGUGACUGGACUUACUGACUUUGGCAUUCUCAUUUUCUCUCUCCUAGGGUUCUUUUGUUGAGGAGAGAGAAAAUUUGAGGAUUAGAUCUUUAAUUAGGGUAUAGUAUAUGGUUUUUAUAUUAGAACAGAAGAGGUUUGAAGGGUGAAAAAAGGAAAAAAAAAAGUACUAGUAGUAGGAAAUUGGGAUGAAAGGAAUAAGGGAAAUCCAGUUCUUUUCUUUUUUAUUUUUUUUAAUAUUUUACAAGUCUUUAUUGAAAGAAGAUAUGCAGCUUUUGAUGUUGCUUUUGAAAGGAGACUUCCAUCAAAAGAAGGGUUAGAAGAAGAAAAUACAAGUAGGAAGAAGUUAGGCAUGAAAUGCAAGGUUUUAUUUUUUAAAAUUUUCAUGCAAAAUAUUACUAUUGUGGUUUGUAAUAAAGUUUGGGGGGGUUAUUUUUAGGAAUUUGUAGUAGUAUUAUAUAAUUAGGGGUUGUAUUAGGUUAAUUAGCUUGCUUAAUCAAGGGAAAGGUGGAUUUUGUUAAUUUUCCCCCCUUUUCAUAUCUUAGUCAUAAUAUAAAGUGAUUUGGGGUGAUGACAUUGCGUUUUUUUUUUGUAAUGAUAAACACAAAAAAAAGCCGUCAGUUUGAUGUAAUUUCCCCUUGGUGGGGUUUAUAAUUCAAUAAUGGAAUCAUAAUAGUUGCCUUAUUA